AUGGAGCAUUUUGCAAGUUUGUUUCAUUCAGAAUCAUUCAAGCUGGCGAUUGAUAAUCAAGAAUCGGGUGUCCGUGAAAUCAAGCCUAAGAACAGACGAAUCAUGGACAACAGGUGGCCGCCAUGGCUGAAACCUUUGUUGAAGGAACAUUUCUUUGUUCAAUGCAAGUUUCACGCUGAUUCCCAUAAAAGUGAAUGCAACAUGUACUGCCUGGACUGCAUGAAUGGCUCUCUCUGUUCACUCUGUUUAGCCUAUCACAAAGAUCAUCGGGCGAUUCAGGUCUCUAUUUUCAUGAACCCUUUUUCUUCUUUUCACAUUCUAUUUUAACACUCGGGUUUUAUUUUCAAAAUUCCCUUUUU